GUCAUGUUGGUUCAAUUCCAGAUUCACGCUAUUGGGCAAACUUGGAAUCUUAUUUGUGGUGACGAGGAGCACUUGCCGACUACCAAAGAGUGCGUUUUUGACAGAGAGGAUAGGGUAGUAGCAACCUUACGCAUCCGAUUUCGCUGAAGCUUUGCAACUUUUGAGUGCAAUUCUCAACAUGGCGCACAAACUGGUGCUAAAUUGUGCUCUUUUCAUGCUUGUACUAACAACAGUGGUUCUGUCUAAUAGCAGAUAUGGUCAAGUACAACCAGGGAGAGAGAUAGAAAUAACCAAGGAGACGGUCAUAGGAAUUAUUUACUCACAAAAAACCGAUGUAAGCUGUAGUCAAACGAGAGAGUGCAUAAAUUAUCCAGGAACGACAUGCCUGCAUGGAAACUGCGUGAAAACUGGAUGCGGAUGCAGAAGCGAUAGUGACUGUCCAGCUUAUCCGAUUUCACAGUGCAUCUAUGGGCAAUGUUUGAACAUCGCGGUUGAAUGCUUACGUGAUGAGGAUUGCCCUUAUCGUUCAAUCACAACAUGCAUAGACUACCGUUGCAUAAGAACUGACAAAUGCCAUAAGACAUCAGAUUGCUCCCAUCUUCAAGACGGGACAUGCGAAAAAUCAAGGUGUACUAUUUCGAAGCACUUUUGUAAGAGCGAUAGUGAAUGCUCGAAGCUUGGCAACAUGUACUGUGUCAAAUCGCGUUGUGUCCCGAAGGAUCAAAUUUGUAGGGUGGAUAGAGACUGCAGAGGUUUUCCAUAUUUGACUUGCUACCGAUCAAAGUGCAUAAAAGCGGCUGACUGCAGGAAGGAUCUUGAUUGCAGUAAUUUUGAAAAUGCUCAGUGCAUUAACUCACGAUGCAGAGUAUUACGUGGACGAUGUAGAGUUGACUCGGAUUGCCCGCUUGAUCCUCAUGUCCACUGCAUAAAUAGUAAGUGUAUGAAAUUAGGACAGCGAUGUCUCAGAGACUCGGAUUGCGCGUCAUCACCAAGAAUUGGUUGCGUAAACAAGCAUUGCAUAAUGCUAGGCCAGCCUUGCCUUACUGAUCGACACUGCCCAUUUCAUCCCGAGACCUUUUGCCUCAAUUCUCUUUGUGCCAAGGUGAAAACAUGCACAGUAGACACGGACUGCCGUCAAUAUCCGCGAACUUAUUGCUUAGCGGGGCAAUGCAGAAAAGUUGGACAACAGUGUCAAAAGGAUAAGGAAUGUUUCGCUUAUCCUCAGACAGCCUGCAUAAAUCUACGUUGCGUCAAAGUGCGCACGCCAUGCACUGCAGAUGUCAAUUGUCCCUAUUUUCCUAUCGCCAAAUGUGUCAAUGACGUAUGUGUUCGCCUUCAUCAAAGCUGUAGAGAGGACAGAGAGUGCCCGUACUACCCGGAAACUGUGUGCAAUAAAGAAAAGUACUGCGACAAGAAAGGUGGAAAGCCAAGACCAGUCCUGCAGCUUACCAUUGGAGUCAUUUUCAUCCGGCCAAAUCGAAAACCUUGUAAGACAGAUGGUGAUUGCUCCGAUUAUGUAGACAGCAGAUGUUUCCACGGGCAAUGCAUAAGAUCAGGAAGAAGUUGCUCAGACGAUCACAAUUGUCCUGCUUACCCACAAGCUCAGUGCAUUCAUUCCCUUUGCCUGAACAUUGCACUUCCAUGCAUCUAUGACGAGGAAUGCCCUUUCUACCCUUAUUUGUCCUGCGUAGAUUCAAGAUGUAAGAGAGCAGACAAGUGUCGAACAGACUCAGACUGCUCACGGUAUCCAGGCAGGAAGUGCGUCAACUCCAAGUGUACAUUGUCAUGUAGAAGCGAUGCCGAGUGUCCAGUAAAAAACACAUUCUGCAUAGAUUCGAAGUGUAUUGCUUUGAAGCAAUGGUGCGCAGUAGAUCAGUCGUGUCCCGCAUACCCACACACUAUGUGCUCUGACUCACAAUGCGUGAGAGCACUAAAGUGCAAAAAAGAUUUUGACUGCAGAGCUCACAGAGACACCUUUUGCAUCAACUCACGCUGCAAACCAUUACGAGAAGGUUGUAGGAUUGACUCAGACUGCCCAUUUGAUCCGCAUGUACAUUGUCUGAACAGCAAAUGUAUCAAGCUAGGGCAGCCAUGUAAAGCAGUCAGUGACUGUCACUCUGGCCAUGGAGUUAGUUGCAUCAAAUCUACAUGCGUCAAAUUAGGGCAACCAUGCUUUAUAGACAGUGAUUGUCCUUACUAUCCCCAUACUUUUUGCUUGAGAUCCCUUUGUGCAAACAUCAUCACUUGCAAAGCAGACUUCGACUGUCGCCGUUACCCGGACACGUUUUGCAUGGAUAAACAUUGCAGAACCUUGGGACAAAUUUGUCGUAUUGAUCGCGAAUGCCCAUAUUAUCCAAAAACGGCAUGUAUCAAUAUGCGUUGCAUAAAAGUGGGCAUGACCUGCACGACAGACGACAGUUGUCCUCAUUUCCCUAAGCUCGAAUGUGUUAACAGAAAAUGCAUUCGACUUCACCAAAAAUGCACCAAAGAUAGGGACUGCCCACACUACCCCGCCACAGUAUGCAGAAAUCAGGAAUGUCGCAAGGACGUCGGAAAUCCGCCUACAGUUGGAAUAGCUUUCGUUUUGCCUGAUAGAAAGCCAUGUCGAAUCAUCAGAGACUGCUCGGAUUAUGCAAACACUGAGUGUUUUCGUGGAGCAUGCGUAAGACAUGGAGUAAGAUGCACCAAGGAUCGAGACUGCGCAAAAUAUCCCGGAGCACAGUGCAUCCAUUUACAGUGUUUCAAGUUUCCGCAGACUUGCGACAAAGACCAAGACUGUCCUUUCUAUCCUGAAGUUGGAUGUACGAACUCGCAGUGUAGGAGAACGGACACAUGCAACACAGAUAGUGACUGUUUACGAUAUCCUGGUAAAACUUGUGUCAACAGGAAGUGUCUUAGCGUCGAACGGCUUUGCAAUUCAGAUAAUGAAUGUCUAGGCAAUGCUAUUUGCAUUUUGGGUCAUUGUUAUCACUUAAAUAGUCGAUGUACAACUGACAAAGAUUGUCCAGCACAACCGCACACUAUGUGCUUCAACUCUAAAUGUAUAAAGUCAGUCUCAUGCAAGAAAGAUGAUGAUUGUAAGCGCUAUCCAUCCACCUACUGCGUUGCUUCACGCUGCAACAGGCUAGGACAAAUGUGCCGGAGGGAUUCAGAUUGUCCACUUGACCCAAUGGUUUACUGCCUUAAUCGAGUAUGCACAAAAUUGGGACAGCAGUGCAAGACAGAUUCAAACUGCAUCUCAGCACCUGGUGUAGGUUGUGUAAAAUCCCAAUGCGUAAAAUAUGGCCAGCUCUGUCUUGUGGACAAGGAUUGCCCGUACCGACCAUCGACUUUCUGCUUGAAUUCUCUCUGCGUCAAAAUUCUGAACUGCGUAAGAGAUUUAGAUUGCAAAACAUAUGCGGGUACGUUCUGCAUCGCAAGGCAAUGCAGAAAAGUCGAUCAACCCUGCCGCCAAGACAAAGAAUGUCCAUUUUAUCCCGAAGUAGUCUGUGUCAUCCGCAGCUGUGUCAAGAUUCGGCAGCCUUGCACCUCAGAUGUCACUUGCCCUUAUUAUCCAAAUGUGCAAUGCAUUGACAAAAUGUGCGUUCAUCUCCAACAGAACUGCAAGGUUGAUAAAGAUUGUCCUUACUACCCGAACACAUACUGCAGAUAUGGUCACUGUGACAAGAAGCAUUUGCAUCAACCCCCAAACAUUGAGAUAGGAACGUUGUUCCUAGCACCGUCGAAAGACAAAUGCAAUGCCGAUAAGGAUUGCAAAGAAUCAAAAGCGAAGUGCAUUUACGGCUACUGUGUCAUAGGGGGCAAAAAAUGCGUGAAUGAUGGCAGUGCGCAGCCAUGGAUAGGCGCUGCUGGAACGAUUCGCAUUGUACGGUCUAUCCAGGUUUACGAUGUGUAUUUGAUGGGAAGGGAAGAGGUGGUAAAUGUAACACAGUUGGAAAACGUUGUGUAA